CCUCUAAGUUUGAGUUCUAUAUAAACCAUCCCUAUUCUUCCUUUAACUUCAGCUGUUCAACCCUAAACCCUAAUUUUGGUUUCUGCUUCUGCAACCCUCUGAUUUUCAAGGAGGUUGUGAGAAUUGUUGGUGAGUGAUUGAUAUGGCUCCUACUAAGGUGGUCAAUGCUAAAAAGGCUGAUCCCAAAACUCAGGCCUUGAAGACGGCUAAGGCCGUCAAGUCUGGUGGCCAAGUGUUUAAGAAAACCAAAAAGAUCAGGACAUCAGUUACAUUUCACCGGCCAAAGACAUUGAAAAAGGACAGGAACCCUAAGUAUCCUCGCAUUAGUGCUCCGCCCAGAAACAAGUUGGACCAUUAUCAGAUACUUAAAUUUCCUUUAACUACCGAAUCUGCAAUGAAGAAAAUCGAGGAUAACAAUACACUGGUUUUUAUUGUUGAUCUCCGUGCUGACAAAAAGAAGAUUAAAGAUGCUGUGAAGAAGAUGUACGACAUUCAGGCCAAGAAAGUAAACACAUUAAUCAGGCCAGACGGAACUAAGAAGGCCUAUGUUAGGUUGACUGCAGAUUAUGAUGCCUUGGAUGUAGCCAACAAGAUUGGUAUAAUCUAAGUUGUAAUACUUUUUUUUUAAGAUAGUUCUUCUAUAUGUCCCUAUUUUAGGACUUUUUGUUCUCCAUAUGUAUUAACGGCUGUUAAUUCAAUUUUGAGUUGAGUACAUUUAUAUGAAUUAGGGUUUAUGCUGGUAUAAUUAUUCUCUGAUUGAUUGCCUUCUUUCUUGGUUUAUCAUUAUUACCAUUGUAAUAUGUUAUUAUAUAUUUCAUACGAAAGCAAUUGUCCCCUUGAAAUUCUAUAUCUUUGUGGUCCACAUCUGGAUUAAUUUAUAUUAAUUUAUUCUGCUGAUUUUCUGCGUUAAGUUUUGUACAAUGUUAGAGUUUGUUUAUCUUUUCUUACAGGAUUAAAGUUAAAUAUUUGGUACCUUUUGGCACAGAAUUUGAAUCACCACUUGUGAAACCUUUUCAUGAAAUUUCUUGAACUCGUCAAAAUAUUGUUUAACAAAAAUAUCCUCUAUAUACCAAAUUUUGUAAUUCUAGACGGGCAAGUUUUCACUCAUGACUCUUCAUUUUCAUUAAUUUAAACUCCAAACAAUUCUAUAAAUUUUCCCAUGAAUCAUUAUUUUCAUCUACCACCACUUUCUAACAAUCAUUGUAUGGAAGUUUAAGUUUAGCUUGAAAAGCAGAGCUGGGGGGAUUUCUGACUCCAAUGUUUCCAAGGUCUGAUCACUCUCCUUUUCUUUAUUCCAUACCACAGAUAUUAAUUUCUGUCCGGAUACUAGCAUGUUGAUUAUUACCUGUUAUCUAUUGUCAUGUAAGUUGGUGGUUGGUAAUUGUAAAUUUUGUUGAUGAAUCUAUCAUGGUUUUACUCAUGUAGUCGAAUAUAGAAAUAUAGGCUAAUCUAAUGGUUAGGCACUGCAGACUUGUUCCUGGAUUAUAAUUUGGAAGCAGCCCUUGGGCAUAUUCUAGGUCAGUCUCUUAUAUUGAGGAGACUUCUUUAUUUUGAAUGCAGACAUAGUCAGGUGUCUGCCAUUAUUUGGUAGAGACUGUUACUUGUCUGCGACAUAGAGUACCGAGGGUGUGUCCAACAAAUAUGGGUUUUCUAUGUUGUUGGAUAACACCUCUAUGGAAGGUGUCCAUCGUUGCCCAGUAAUACACUUGUUAUUAUUUGAGCUACAUCUGGAUUCUACAUCACAUUUUCUGCCUCACUUUUCUUCCUUUUACACAAUCAUUUCAUACAUAAUUUGUUGGAUUCACCGUUUUUUUAUGUAGUUAAGCAAAUUUAAUUAUUGAAUUUCCACUAAUGGUGCCUGAAUACCGGUGUUAUUUUUUUUCCUUUGUUAGCAACUAUAUUGGGUUCUCUUUAAUUAUUGACUAUGUCUGGUAUUCAACUAUAUAGACUGCCGUUUUUUAGAAUUUGGUAGAGACUGUUCAUGUCUGGGACAUAAUAUAACGAGAGUGAGUCCAACAAAUAUGGGUUUUCUAUGUUGUUAGAUAACAUCUCUUUGUAAGGUGUCCAUCGUUGCCCAGGAAUAUACUUUAUUAUUAUUUGAGCUACAUCUGGAUUACACAUCACAAUUUCUGCCUCUCACUCUCUGUUAUUUUCAACAAAAUCGUUCUUAUGUUAUUUGUGUUGUUAAAUUUCGUUGUUGUAUGCAUAUUUACAGACAAGUUUACUUAUUUGAAGUUCCACUAAUGGUGCCUGAAUACCGUGUUAGUUUUUUUUCCUUUGUUGCUAAACAAUUAACAGAGGAAUAUAGUUUGUGACAUCUUUAACUUUGAAUACCAGACAUAGUCAGGUGUCUGCCGUUUUUUGGAAUUUGGUAGAGACUGUUACAUGUCUGGCACAUAAUAUAAUGAGAGUGAGUCCAACAAAUAUGAGUUUUCUAUUUUGUUGGAUAACAUCUCUUUGAAAGGUGUCCAUCGUUGCCCAGUAAUAUACUUUAUUAUUAUUUGAGCUACAUCUGGAUUCCACAUCACAAUUUCUGCCUCUAACUCUCUCUGUUAUCUUCAACAAAAUCUUUCUUAUAUUAUUUGCGUUGUUAAAUUUCAUUGUUGUAUGCAUUUUCACAGACAAGUUUAGUUAUUUGAAGUUCCACUAACAAUGCCUGAAUACCCGUGUUAGUUUUUGUUUCCUUUGUUGCUAAACAGUUAACAGAGGGAUAUAGUUUGUGACAUCUUUAACUUUGAAUACCAGACAUAGUCAGGUGUCUGCCGUUUUUUGGAAUUUGGUAGAGACUGUUACAUGUCUGGCACAUAAUAUAAUGAGAGUGAGUCCAACAAAUAUGAGUUUUCUAUUUUGUUGGAUAACAUCUCUUUGAAAGGUGUCCAUCGUUGCCCAGUAAUAUACUUUAUUAUUAUUUGAGCUACAUCUGGAUUCCACAUCACAA